CCAGUACUUCGGAGGACUUCCGGUUGGGUUUUUCUCGCUGGAUGACGAAAGCUUUUCCAGAGUUUACAGCGGAAGAAAUUGAACGCGUAGACAUAAUUUGCUAUGAAAGACGACAAACACAAAGUGAUGGCCUGCCUUUCCUCACCCAUUCCGUCUGCUCUUGCCUCAUUUCUCUCCACUUUACUGCCCCGGGGCUUCGCUGUGGGACCUUCAGUGUCCUGUGAAGGACGGCUUGGACUGUGGUGGGUCGGUCCAUCAUUGCAGGCUGGAUGCCUGCUGGGGAGGGAGGGUGACGCGGAAUGGGUAGGAAAGUUUCAGACGGGAAUGCUCCCUCAUCAGGACCUCAUCAUGACAUUGGAGUCCAACACAGACAUUGUGCACAGCACAGUAGAAGAAAAGGCACCAGUGGGGUCAGCAGAGAUGAAUGAAAUUCAACUGCACAAAUCUGUCUGGAUCAGUUUUGCCUGCCAGGUGCAAAGCAAAGCGCUGUGCAAUGUGGCAGUGCAAUGUACGUGUGCGGAGAUAUGUGUGGGUGAGUGUGUGAGUGUGUGUCUGCGCGUGUGUCAGGAUAUCCAGCCAGGAACAGAGCUGCUGCUGGCUGGUGAAACUGCAAGAAAAAGUGACGCAAGAGACAGAACAGAUGCACAGGACAUCUCUGGAGGUCAACAGAGAGAUAAUGCUGUGAACGUCAAAAGGGAUGCGGAAGUGGCUGUGAUCAACCUACACACUGCUGAGGAAGAUGAAGAAGUACAGAACCAGCAGAAGGAUGAGGAAGGAUGGAAUGAACGCCCUAAGAUUCCAUCUCAGAGAAGUCCAAGCAUUGAGAGACGGGAGGAGAGUAGCAACUUGACAGCUAAAGUGGCCGCUGCUGUUACGACAAUAGACGGACACCUCGACGGUGUCACGGCCGCUGUGGACACCGUGUCACAGUCCAGCUCUGUAUACAGGCAGAGGAACUUUGGUGGUCCAGCGCCUUCUGUCCGGUGUAGCUCUCGACUGGCUGCUAAACCAAGACGAUUUCACUGUCUGAACAGCCGUGCUAAGCAACAACCUGUUGACCCAGACCCAGACAGACAUACGGAUGGGCUGAAGGAGAAUCUUACAGAGGCUGCCAAGUCCUCUGCAGAUGCGGCGGUUUCCAUGGCAACAUCACAUUCUGAUGCUGCAGCUGUCGGAGCGGUAAACGCGACAGCUGAAGCUCCCACUUGGCAGCCGGCGGUGAGAGAGAGGCGUUACAGGUGUUCCAUCUGUGGUAAAAUGUUCUACCAGAUUGGCCACUUAAAGAAACAUCAGUUCAGUCACACAGCAGAGAAGCCCUUCACCUGCCAGGAGUGCGGCAAAAACUACACCUCUGCGGAGAGCUUCAAGGCUCACCAGCUGAGCCACCGUGGGGAGCGUCCGUUUUCCUGUCCUCACUGUGAGAAGACCUAUGGCCUGAAGCGAGAUCUGAAAGAGCACUUGGUCCUCCACACAGGAAAGAAGCCGUACGUGUGUGAGCACUGUGGUAAGGCCUUUGCACGUCGGCCCUCCCUGCGCAUCCACCGCCUUCUCCACUGCAGCAGAUUGAUUUACUCACAGCCUCCGAAGUUGCAGUGUACCCUCUGCCCGAAGCUGCUGGCAAACUCUGGUUCUCUGAGGAAUCACAUGAAGCUUCACACAGGAGAGAAACCUCACAUCUGUCAGCACUGUGGGAAAAGUUUCAGUCAGAAAGGGAACCUUGAUAGCCAUUUGAGAAUUCACAACGGAGAGAGGCCAUUUCCCUGCCCCGAAUGUGACCAGAGUUUUUCUCAGAAAGCUGAACUUUGUCGCCACAUGCUUUCACACACCGGGGGCGGUUUCCUCUGUAGCUACUGUGGAAAAUCCUUGAGGGACCCACACACCCUCAAAUCCCACGAAAGAUUGCAUAGCGGUGACAGGCCCCAUUGUUGCUCUGUCUGUGGAAAAGGCUACACAAUGGCCACCAAACUGAGGAGGCACAUCAAAUCUUCUCACGGGUCAGAGAAGCCACACAGCUGUCACUGCGGUGCCUCCUACACCCUCAGACAAAGUUUACUGAGGCACCAAGCGCAGCACCAAUCACACGGGGAAACACAGGAGGAGCUGGAGGAAGGGCAAAGACGGGAGACAAAACCAGCUAUGAAAGAAUUAGCAGCAGCAAGUUCCACUCACCCAAAGCCAAUCAAAGGCAGACCCAAGAAAAAUUCAAUCCCUCAAGGAGCCGGGGAUGAAAGAAUGAAAGGGAAGAAGGAUGAAAAUGACGGCCGGAAGGUGGUGAGAAGAUUCGAAACUUUAACGGCUGACGGAGGAGACGAAGAGGCUUCAAACGACACCCAGCACAUGGUCUAUGUUCACACGGACCGUGCAUCGACACCCAGCUAUGGACCCCUGCUCCUCACGUCAGACAGCUUGCAUCCAGGAACAGGACAGGAGCUGGUGGAGGUGGUGAUAUCAGACGGUGCAGAGCAAUGCAUUGUGGUCCAAGGGCAGGAGACUGCAGAAGAGCUGAUGAUUGUUCAGGAGGAGGAACUCUGCUCUGUGGCGCAAACAGUUGAAAUAAACACGUGGUAGCCUCACGUCACUGUCAUGAGCCACUCAAAGUAUCACUUUAUUAAGUAUGUGGAUACAAUAAAAACAUACCUGUUUAAUCAAUGUCACUUUUAAUGCGUGACAGGACGCCUGGACGCGACCCGGUGUGUAGAAACCUAUCAAACAGCUGUAAUUUAACACCAAAAUUUCAUUUUUCUGUUCACAAAUAGACUGAAAGUCAUAUGUGUGUAUUUAGUUAGUGAGUGGCUGACGCAGCAGCUGCGAUCUGCAAGCUAGACAUCGUUAUUGUCUUUAUUAAACAACACCACUGUCUAGAAUACCAUAUUUCCCAAUCAUAUCAUAUCAUUAUAGUUGCACAUUACUAACAGACACAUAAUCUCCGGGGCAGAACCGUAUUAAAAACGAUUCCGUAACACAAAGCGUCCGGUAUCAUUCACAGUAAGUAUCACAACAAGCUCAGCUCAAUGAAUGAUGGCGGCCACUAGGUGUCGCCAAAAAAACCCAACCACCAAGCCACUUUAACUCAAAGGAAGCACAUGUUAAAUGAAAUACACUACAAGUAUAUAUUUUUCUAGUUACUGUAGUUAGCGUUCUGUCUCGAGACCCCUCUGUUACUCUCACUGGGACAGGCUUAGUGCGAGUUUAAUGUUGGCUAUUGCUUGCUCAGUUAAAGAUUCCGUACACAACAUUUUUGAAGAGGAGGCCACAAAAUAUGGUCCUAGAUAGAGACGUCCGGCUUAGUCCAAGCGUGAUGCCAAUGUGGGUUGGCGUUUCUCCCCUUUCUGAGCCUUUUCUGAUGACUAAUGACACUCCCACGGUGAUGGCUUUUCUUCUGUUUGACGCACCGCCAUCAGAAGAGUCUGCCUUACGCUUAGCAGACAUAAUGAAGAGCACAAAGAUAACGAAAGAACAAAAGCAAUGUUCGCGCAGCAACGUAGUCUUCCGCCAAUCGCACGUAACCAGUUCUCGAGGGAGUCUCGUGUUUAUGAACAAAACCGCUUAGGUGGAAACCAAGUAAACCGGAGACCCCUGGAAAUGUAUAAUCACCCCAUUAUUGAUCUUCAUUGAUAUGACUGUAAAUGUUUAUGAUCAUUAUAAUUCAUAGGAAUAAAACACAAAGACUAAAAUCAGGAAUGUUCAAACUUUUUCCAGAAGGGCAAGGGCCCCUUUCAUAUUUUGGUAAACAACACAUGUAGACAUGCUAAGAAGUUAUACUUGUACACAGCAUACAGUAUUAUUAGUAUCAGCUUUGGUCCUUGCGUUUUUCUUCCACAUUUUUGAUGUUCUUGUUUUUUUUUCUCCAAAUAUUUCAACUUUCUUCUGAAAUAGUCUUUGGAAAUGUUCUUCUCGUAAUAUUAUGAUUUUAUUUCCAUAAUAUUUUGACUUUAUUCCCAUA